GCCGACAGCUCUACUGCGCUCGACGCCCACGGCCAGGGAGAGUUCAUAGUCGGCACUUCAGUUCAUAUCGGGCGUGUCGUGCAGGGGUUGUGUGCCUGCCUACUCACAUCUCAGUUGCCUGACGACGCCGGUCCUGUGUGGUGGCAUCAGCGUUCAUAGCUGGUGAAGCCCAGGCCAUUGUUACAUAACAGGAAAACCAGCCAGCACUUGUGCACAUCACUCAUCAGGAGCGGCGGUCAGCACUGUGCACAUCAGGAGCGGCGGUCAUGUGGCUCCCGCUCGUAGCGCUCCUGCUCCUGCUGCUCCUGGUAUGGAUCAGACGACCGCAGCGGCCCGACCGAUUUCCGCCAGGUCCGGCACCGUUCUUGAUUUUCGGUAAUAUUGACUUCGUCAAUGAAACCAGGAAGGGCAACAUCAGACCGCUUAUUGCCAAGUGCCGAAAAGAGUUUGGUGACAUUUUCGGCAUUCUGCUGCCUACCGGACAGCGGGCCGUUCACCUGGUCAACUUCGACCUGAUCAAGGAGUCGUGCGCGAUGCCGGAGUUUUCGGGCAGGCCGUUCCUGUUCUCCGCUCUGGUGCGCACCUAUCAGCAGAAGCUGGGCAUCAUAUUCAACGAGGGGCCCACCUGGAAGGAGCACCGUCGCUUCACGCUGAGACACCUGAGAGAUCUCGGCUUUGGCAAGCAGUCCAUGGAGGGUGUGGUGCUGGAUGAAUUCGAGAAUCUCGCUCAGGAGAUGGAGAAAAAGAUCGACUCACCGUUGACCAUCCACAGCGACCUCUUUAACAUCACGGUCCUCAACGUCCUCUGGCAGAUGGUGGCCAGCAGAAGGGUCAAUCCCGACAGCCCUGACGGAAAAAUGCUGCUGAAAAUUGUGAACGAGCUGUUCCAGCUGGUGGGCCCGCGCAGUCCGAUGAACCUGGCGCCGUGGCUGCGCCACUUUUUCCCCGAGUGGAGCGGGUAUGCGCCGCUGGUUCGCCACCGCGAUACAACCGUCGCCAUGCUGGACAAGGUGGUCGCCGAGCACCAGCAGACGCUGGACCGCUCCAGUCCGCGCGACUUCAUCGACGUGUUCCUGAUCGAGAUGGAGUCGGAAGACGCCGAGGCGCGCCAGUUCAACGCCCGCAACCUCAUCAUCGUAAGCAUGGACCUCUUCUUCGCCGGCAUGGAGACCUCGGCUACCAUGCUGCACUGGUCCGUCCAGCUGAUGGUGAUGUACCCGGACGUGCAGACGCGCGUGCAGCAGGAGCUGGAUGCUAAGCUGGGCGGCCGGCUGCCCUCCAACGGCGACCGGCCGCAGCUGCCGUACACGGAGGCCACGCUGAUGGAGGUGAGCCGGCGGAGCAGCGUGCUGCCGCAGGCCGUGCACAGCACCACCUGCGACACCACGCUGGCCGGCUACAACAUCCCCAAGGACACCAUGGUGCACAUGCACAUGCAGGAGGUGCACAUGGACCCCGAGUACUGGGGCGACCCGGAGGCCUUCCGUCCGGAGAGGUUCCUCACGGCCGACGGCGCGGUCCGACACGACGAGCGCCUCAUCCCGUUCGGCACUGGCAGGAGGUCCUGCCUGGGCGAGACGCUGGCGCGCAUGGAGAUCUUCAUGCUGUUCGCGUGUCUGAUACAGCGGUUCCGGUUCGCAGCCGUGCCCGGCCAGAAGCUGUCGCAUGACACCGCGUUCGGAGUUGUGCAGACGCCCAAAGAGUUUAGUGUUACCUUCACCAAACGCGAUGGCUCACAAUCGAGCUAAGUACACUGGAGCAGAAACGGAAGACACGCUCGAUGGCACUAUGAGCUCUGUGAGCACAGCUUGCUCUUCAAAUGUGGUAGCAACCAUAGCUCCUCUUAAAUCCUACUUCUCAUAACCACUAAUAUGUGCACUACCUGCUAUCUUCUCUUUAUCUCGUCAAAAAUAAAUAUGGAUCCAUUA